CUUCCUUCACUUUUUGUCGGGUUAGGGCGCCGUCCGACCCCGCCGCGAGAUCGAUUGAUUGAUGGAUCCGUCCUACAAGAAGCGGAAGGCGGACGAGAACGGCGCCCUCGCCACCGCCAUCCCGGCGGCCGAAUUGACGCCGGAGGAUGGCCGUAAAAUCAUUGACGCCUUCUCCCUCGACCAGCUCCGCGACAUCGUCGCCGCCGCCGUGUCCCGCGGCGAGCCUGGCGUCCUCGCCGACGUCCGCGCUAUCGCCGACCGCGACCAGAGCCAGCGCAAGCUCUUCAUCCGCGGCCUCGGCAUGGAGACCACCACUGACGCCGUUCGCUCCCUCUUCUCUACGUACGGCGAGAUUGAGGAGGCCGCUGUUAUUGUUGACAGGGCCACCGGGAAGAGCAAGGGUUACGGUUUCAUCACCUUCCGCCAUAUCGACGGUGCCCUCCGUGCCCUAAAAGAGCCAUCCAAGAAGAUCGAUGGCCGGAUGACGGUCACCCAGCUUGCUGCCGCCGGUAACUCCGGGUCCGGCGCUGCUCCGUCUGCCGAUGUCUCUCUCCGCAAGAUCUAUGUGGCGAACGUCCCCGCUGACAUGCCAUCUGACCGACUCCUUGCCCAUUUCUCCUCUUACGGUGAGAUCGAGGAGGGCCCUCUUGGGUUCGACAAGCAGACGGGGAAAUUCCGGGGCUUCGCCCUGUUCGUCUACAAGACAGUGGAGGGGGCAAAAAAUUCCCUCGUGGAUCCCAACAAGAACAUCGAUGGGCAUAACUUGGUCUGCAAGCUUGCAAUAGAGGGUAAGAAGGGGAAGCCAGGUGCCCCUGCACCAGGUGCUGCCCCCAUGGGCGGUGUCCCCGGCCAGCCCAUGGGUGGUGGUGCCGAUAUGGGUUCAGAUGGGCUUGGAUUGGGUGCACAGUCCUCGUUACCAAGUUCUCUCUCGAGCCAAUAUGGUGGUCCAGGUAGCGGUUUCGGCUCAUAUGGUGGUUACUCUGGAAGUGCGCUGCCGGGUGCUGCUGGACUGAGUCACCAUCAUAAUAUGAACUCUUCCUUGCCAUCAUCCAUGGGUCCUGGCACUCCAGGUCUGUCAUCGGUUGGCAGUCAGGUGCCUUCAUCGCUUGGUGGUGCUGUAGCUGGAGGAUAUGGAGGGGGUUUGGGUGGCCCUGUCUCCGGUGGAUAUGGAGGUUAUGGUAUGGGCUCAUCACUUUAUCGUAUGCCUCCAAGCUCAGUUAGGAUGCCUUCAGGUGGUUAUACGGAGGGUGGACAUUAUCCUCUGUCAUCAUCAGCAUACCAGGGCCAGCAUCACCAGCCAGCAGGAUCCUCUCCUGGGCAGAGGGUUCCAGGUAGAGGGUUAUAUCGUAAUGUGCCACCUUAUUACUAAGAGCAGCAAUGGAAGUCACCCAGAUUCUUUUGAAUGCACAAUCUCAGUGGAUAGUACAGUUCGGAAACAUGCAGAAGAAAGCCUGAAACACUUUCAGGAAGAAAACAUCUCUGUGUUUUUGCUAUCUCUUUCUAAUGAGUUAUCAAACAACGAAAAGCCUGUUGAUAGCCGUAAAUUAGCUGGCUUGAUCCUUAAAAAUUCUCUGGAUGCGAAGGAGCAGCAUGGGAAAAAUGAACUUGUCCAAAGAUGGUUGUCCUUAGAUGUGGCUAUCAAAACCCAGAUCAGAGCUUGCUUGAUGCAGACCCUUCUUU